GACUUUUCGGCGAAAUUCGGACGGAUCCGAAAGCUAGCGAUGGCCUACUUGCUGGAAGCGCUUCCGACCAAGGCCGCGAUCGACGAUGCGAUCCGCGGGACCAAGGACAAGGUGCUGGUCCUGCGCUUCGGUCGCAGCAGCGACGCCGUCUGCCUCCAGAUGGACGACAUUCUCGCCCGCUGCGAGGUCGAGCUCUCCAAGAUGGCGCAAGUGUACACGGUCGACACGGACGUGCAGGACGUCGAGGUCUACUGCCAGUACUUUGACUUGAGCUUGAUUCCGUCGACCAUCUUCUUCUUCAACGGCCAGCACAUGAAGGUCGACUUUGGCACGCCCGACCAUACCAAGUUUGUCGGCGCCUUUUAUACCAAGCAAGACUGUAUCGACUUGGUCGAGGUCAUUUUCCGUGGCGCGAUGCAUGGCAAGUACAUUGUGAUCUCGCCGAUCCCGCACGAGCGCAUUCCACAGUACGAGCUCUUGUACAAAGAUUUCUAAAACUCUUUAUGAACGCAGCUCGCGACAAUAUUCCUCAAAGGUCGUGGACGGCA